UAUUCCCUUUUCUCUCUUUUAGCACAAAGCCAAAGUGGAAGCAAUGACCUUAGACCUUGCAUCUCUUUCAAGCAUACGGGACUUUGCUGAAGCAUUCAGAGCUAAGAAUUUGUCUCUCCAUGUGCUGGUGUGCAAUGCUGCCGUUUUUGGUGUUCCUUGGCAAUUGACCGAAGAUGGUCUGGAGUCCACCUUCCAGGUCAACCACUUGGGACACUUUUAUCUUGUCCAGCUCCUCAAAGAUCUUCUUUGUCGCUCAGCGCCUGCAAGAGUGGUGAUGGUUUCUUCUGAAUCACACAGGUUCACGGAAAUCAAAGACAGUUCAGGAAAACUUGACCUCAACAUGCUCUCUCCUGCUAAGAAAGAAUAUUGGGCUAUGCUGGCCUACAAUCGGUCUAAGCUUUGCAAUAUUCUGAUGUCCAACGAACUCAACCGCCGCCUGUCUCCUCACGGCGUGACGUCAAAUGCCGUGCACCCGGGAAAUAUGAUGUAUUCGUCCCUCCAUCAGAACUGGUGGGUGUAUACCCUGCUGUUCUCUUUGGCUCGUCCGUUUACCAAGUCAAUGCAACAAGGAGCCGCGACCAGUGUCUACUGCGCCACAGCCCCCGAACUGGAAGGCCUGGGAGGGAUGUACUUCAACAACUGCUGUCGCUGCCUGCCUUCGCAAGAGGCGCAGAACGAAAUGACGGCAACAGCCUUGUGGGAGCUGAGCGAGAAGCUGAUCCAAGAGCGAGUUGGCAGGCAGGGCAAGUAGCAGAAAGGUUCCUGGAAGGAUCAAGGCACAGAUGCAAUUGGCCAGACAGGAGAGCUGCUGGGGGAAAAGCGGGCAGCACGAAAAGGAAUCCUUUCCCAUUCCUAUUAUCUAGAAAGUUAUAGAUGCAGAUUACUUAGCGUUAAAUGAAAUAGCAGCAGCUGGGAUGUGGGACAAAGCUUUAAGGUGGCGGGGAAAACGGAGCAGAAGGCAGAAACAAUGUCGCUUAGUUAGAUUUUAGUCAUCCCAAUUCUUUCUUUUGGAUUGUAUGCUUUUCUUUACAUUAAAGCUAACAUUAUUUGAGUCUGAA